ACACACACACACACACAUGCAUAUACACAUACUAUUGAAGGUUGGGCAUCAGCCUUAUGGGUAUAGACAUGUGGAUCAGUUCUUUCCAACAUCCCUCUCCCAUCUGUACAUCUCUCUGUUCAGUUAUUAAUAUUUCUGAAUAAUUAUAUUUUAUCUCUUUCAGAUUAAUUCACAAGAGAUUUAAGAAGACGAUUAUCAGCGCAAGGGGCGGGGGCGUGACAGUAGCUACAAAACGACUUUUGGGUCAGUUGCCAAUCUCAGCGCAAUCAUACUCAGCCUCUCCAUAUUUAGACUUAACGCUCUUCUCUUAUGACGACAAAUGGGUAUCUGUGAUGGAACGCCCAAAGAACUGCGCAGAUCAUCCCAUCAGGUUUUAUGGUCGUGACUCCGGCCUCAUCAAGUUCAGUAUUCAUGCUGGACGCGGCAGUCUCUUUGGAUCUUCAACUUCCUUAUCGUCCACUAGAAGCCUUGUGGCCUUUACCUUUCAUCCAGCUGAUCCAUUUACCAUAUCUGUCCAGCGAGCAAAUGCAGAUUAUGUUGUGAACUUCCACUUGAGACAUAAACCAAGUUGACAGGGAUUUUACUCUAAAGUGAUCUUGUGCUUCUUUGGAAUAUAGAUUCCCCCAUAGACGUCACACUCUUUCUUUACUUUUUUAUCUGCUUUUGCUGCCUUUACCUUUAAAAUAAUGUUAGAGAAAUAUAUUAGAUGUGAUGCUUCUAAGGCAAGUCUUAAGGAAAUGUCUUGACUUUCAAAGAUGCAGUCCGUGUAUGGAUGGUUCUUCAAUGUAAAUAUCAAUCUAUAAAGUGUU